CCUAGCCAAUUCUGGAAAACCCCACUAUCCAGUAAGAAAAAGGGAAAAGAAUUUGAGGCUUCCUCAGUUGAGGCUCGAUUUGCAAUGAUGGAAGAAAAAUACCGUCAACAAGAAGAAAUAAUGAAACAACAACAGGAAAUGAUCAAAAGACAAGAGGAAAUGAUGCGACAGUUUAUGGAACAGAUGAAAGGACAACAUAAUGGCUUUGGAGGAUCUUCUCAUGCGUCAGUGCCAAACUAUGGAUCACCCAUAGAUCAGGUGACACCAUCUCAUCAUGCAUCACCGAAAUCGCAGCAUCAACCUCUAGCACCCCCGCCCCCACAACCAGAAGAGGCACCUGUGUUUAUCCCCACUCCUGGAUCAAAUCAGGAUAAAAUGAUUGAAUGCAAAUUUGCAUUAGGCUCUAUCACCAACAUCGUUGGUAGGGGAUACAUUCUAGUUACUAGUAGCUCAGACAUACAUGGAGAAAACAUAGGAGAAAAAUACCGCGGUGCAAUUGAGUUUGCUGACCAACCUGAUGCUCUACUUGUUAACCCGAUCCCUGACAGUGAGAUUUAUACAGUCAAACAAGCUAUUGGGAGUUUGAUACGUUGGCCCAAGUCGCUAGUCAUCUUCAAUGGAGCGACACAGAAAUGA